AUGCUGACUAUCCUCCCGAGGAAGAAGCGCCGGAUUCUCAAGGUAUUCCUCAUGCUUUUGCUCCAGAUAACAGUCGUUGUUAUGAUCUUAGCAGUCUGUGACUCGUGCAAGGACUUCUUCAGUCAGUUCAGCAGCAGCGCUGGCCCGGUCAUCAUCCCUGUUGUCCGCUAUCCGAAGGUCGAGGUCCAACUCGGGAACCUUUCGAGAUACUUCAGACCUGCUCUGCUGGAAUAUGACAGAUCAGCUAUGUUAAAAACGAUGGAGGUGUUCACGAAGACGUUGGAUAAUGCAAAUAUGACCUACAUCAUGUUUGGGACUACUCUGUUAGGUUCGUUACGACAUAUGGGUCCUGCACCCUGGGACGACGGGUUAAGGGUCAUCAUGGACACCGACGAUGAGGAAAAGGCCAAGCUAGUUCUCUCAAGGCUUCGGCCCAACUAUGGCUGGCAGUGGCUGGGCGAUGAACGCAAACUCAGGUUUUUCCAGGAAGACAAGUUGGCUACCAAGAGGAAGGAAUGGCGUUGGCCAUUUGUGGACGUAGGGUUCUAUGACCAGAACAGUACACACAUCUGGGAAGAUUCCUACCAUCAAAGAAGUUACAAUUUCAAGAAGAUUGACGUGUUUCCUCUUAAGAGGCGCCCAUUUGACUACCUCUGGCCAUUGGCACCUCGGCACCCCAUGGCAACCCUAACUAAUUUUGACAUCACUAAGUGUACUUCUAAGAAUAAAAGUCAUAAGGCUGGGCUUUCGUCUGGCACUGUUGUAACUAUAGAUUGUUCUAUUCUUCAUACGGUGUAUCCAUUCGUCAGGAGGGAAAAGAUGGGCAAUGGGCAAGUUAGAGAGGUGCUGACUCUCAGAAGGAACACUCUCAAGACAUUCAUUACGGAAUGA